AACGUAACAAUGUCGGGUCUUUCUGUGCUGGUGGCAGCGGCUCUGUGUUUUCUUCGCAUCGACGUGACGCAGGGACAAUACACGGCCUGCUUUCGCGGAGACAACCCGCUUUGUGUCUGUACUCUGACUCCCGAGUCGCAGUUCGAAGUAGACUGCAGCUUCAAAAACAUCAUGGCGGCCAUUGACGGUAUUCCUAACACCACAGUCUCACUUGAUCUUAGCGGCAACAUGCUCCAAGACAUCCCGUUGGGUUUCUUGCGAAAUCUUUCCGUCUUGAAACUUCUCAACGUCGAGAACAACGCCUUGGUUGUUUUAAAAAACGACACCUUCGUCGGUCUGAGGAAUCUUACGAGUUUGUUUCUUGGUGGAAAUGACCUGAUUGACAUUGAGAAAGAUGCGUUUAAAAGUGUUUCGCGCCUGCAACAGCUUCGCUUGAACAACAACAAACUCACAAUCAUCACUAACGGAACAUUUGAUGGUUUGACAAAUCUGAAUUCGCUAAAUCUUGCUAGCAAUCAGCUGGAAAACAUUGAACCACAUGUAUUACAUGGAUUGCAACGUCUGAAAUAUCUUGACCUAUCUUACAACAAACUAAGUACGUUGAAGGAAAGUGUUUUUGCUUCGUCAAUGGUUUCGUAUUUGGACCUUUCCUACAACCGUUUCGCUGAUGUUCCGUGUAAAGUUUUGCCUCCACAGAUAGUGACUUUGAAGUUAUCCCACAAUGCCAUCACUGACAUCCAGAGCAACUGCUUUGAAAAGUUGGAAGAACUUCGCUCAGUGUGGAUUGAUGGAAACGCUAUCAAAACAUUGACAUGCGACACCUUUCCUUCGCUUGUAGAACUGCAUGUGUCUGGAAACCCAUGGUACUGCGACUGCUCUUUGGUACAUGCGAAGAUCUGUCUAGCGCACAGUCUUCAGGAUACCCUAGUAUGUAGGCAACCCCUGCUCUACAGUGGAGUAGAUAUUGAAGAGUUUUCGACCCAAAUGUUUGACAACUGUAGCGUCUACACAACGUCAGUUUCGUCCACUGAGUUGGAGCAAACGUCCUUGCCGUUCACAGAGAAUCCGCUAGGAGCGCUCUUCUCAACGGUGAAGUUCAUCAACGUUACAUCUGAAGACUGUGACAAAAACUGCCUAAAGACGAAGUACGUUGGACUUGUCGUUCUUGUUGGCGUUGGCUGUUCCGUAAUUACGUUGAUCUCAACGUGUAUAUUCUUCUUCCUUUGCAUAAGGAACAAGAGCAAGAAGAAACAAAGACGACGAUCUAAGUUAAACAGUGAUUCCGCUGAAACAAGUGGUAACCGAAUCUCCGAGAUGAUUCCAAUGAUUAGCGUGGCAGAAGCGCCAUCCGGCGACCAUGAUAGGGACUACAACCAAGAACAGGAGACGUUUCUCGGUACCUUCCAGAAAAAGAAUUCCAAACCCCAAAAAGAUCAGCCAUCAGCUGCUGUUCAAGAAAAUGAUAGUAACGAGGGAUAUGCGCACCCCCAGCCUGCAGUGGUUCAGUCCGACCAAGGCCAAGCUACAAGGUCAAUGACCCCUGACAACCACUACAUGCGGGUGACCAUAGACUUUGAUUCAAAUGAUGCAAUAAACCUUUAAAAGAUUUUAAUCUAAAAUAGUUAAUUAGACACUCUAAAAUAGUUAAUUAGACACUUGACACCAAUGGCAGGCUUUUAUCUAUAACUAUUUUGGAAGAUUCUAAAAAUAUACGACGAUGACGUUACCAGAAUACAACAAAGUUAUUAGGUGACGUCAGAUUGUUUUUUGUUUGUCUUUAAGUUUAAGUUUCAUAAAUGCUUUUCAUAGCUUGUGCAGUGUUUUUGGUUGGCUUAUAACUUACUGCAAGUUUUCAGCACUCAAGAAUAAAGUUUUGCCAUCAAUGUUUGCAUACAUUGUUCUGUUAAAGUAUGUCUUGACUUAUCUGUAGUGAUGUUUAUUUUUGCAAUGUUAAUGUUUGCAACCAUUAAAAGUGUGAAAAAAUCAA